AUGAGGGCUGAGCAGGUGCAUGCCCGGCUUGGCAGCUUGGCCUGCGGACUCAUGCUGCUCCUUCUUCCAAGCCAGGGCCAGGACUCCACAAGCCCCAUCAGGACAACACACUCUGGGCAGGUGCGAGGAAGCCUGGUCCAUGUGAAAGGCACCAACGUGGGCGUCCACACCUUCCUGGGCAUUCCCUUUGCCAAGCCACCUCUGGGGCCACUGCGUUUUGCACCUCCUGAACCUGCUGAAGCUUGGAGUGGAGUGAGGGAUGGCACCUCCUACCCAGCCAUGUGUCCACAGAACCUCGAUAUAAUGGGUGUUGUUGCUAAAAAACUGAAUUUCACAAUGUUGUCCAUUCCCAUGUCUGAGGACUGCCUUUACCUCAACAUCUACGCACCAGGCCAUGCCCAUGAGGGCUCCAAGCUGCCUGUGAUGGUAUGGAUCCAUGGAGGUGCAUUGGUUGUAGGCUUUGCUUCGGCAUAUGAUGGCUCCACCCUGGCAGCCUUUGAGGAUGUAGUGGUGGUCACCAUCCAGUACCGCCUGGGCAUCCUGGGAUUCUUCAGCACUGGAGACCAGCACGCCAGCGGCAACUGGGGCUACCUGGACCAAGUGGCUGCACUGCGCUGGGUGCAGCAGAACAUUGCCCACUUUGGAGGCAACCCUGAUCGGGUCACCAUAUUUGGCGAGUCUGCCGGUGGUGUAAGCGUGUCCUCACACGUGCUGUCGCCCAUGUCGCAAGGACUCUUCCACGGAGCCAUCAUGGAGAGUGGGGUGGCUGUGCUGCCUGGCAUCAUCACCAGCUCAUCUGAGACGAUCUCCUCGGUGGUGACCAACCUGUCUGGCUGUGGCCAGGUGGACUCUGAGACCCUGGUGGGCUGCUUGCGGGCCAAGAGUGAAGAGGAGAUCCUGGCAAUGAACAAGGCCUUCAAGAUCAUCUCCGGUGUGGUAGAUGGCAUCUUCUUUCCCAGACACCCCUAUGAGCUGCUGGCCUCUGCUGACUUCCAGCCGGUCCCCAGCAUCAUUGGUGUCAACAACGAUGAGUACGGUUGGAUCCUCCUCAAAAUGCUGCCUCCUGGUAUAAGGGAACAGUUGGUGGAUGAGUACCUGGGGGACAACAAGGACCCCAAGACCCUCAUGGCUCAGUACCAGGAGAUGAUGGCAGACUCACUCUUCGUGAUGCCAGCGCUCCACGUUGCACAUUUUCAGCGUUCCCAUGCCCCUGUCUACUUCUACGAGUUCCAGCAUUCACCCAGUUUCAUGAAGGACUUCCGGCCACCCCACGUCAAGGCCGACCAUGGCGAUGAAGUGGCUUUUUUCUUCAGAUCAAUUUUCUUUGGGAAAAAAGUGACUCUCACUGAGGAGGAGGAGCUGCUGAGCAGGAGGAUGAUGAAGUACUGGGCCAACUUUGCUCGCACGGGGAACCCCAAUGGCGAGGGCCUGCCACACUGGCCUGUCUUGGACCAGGAGGAGCAGUACCUACAGCUGAGCACACAGCCUGCAGUGGGCCGGGCUCUGAAGGCCCACAGACGCCAGUUCUGGGCACAAACUCUGCCCAAGAAGAUGCAGGAGCUGAUGGGGGCUGAGCAGAAGCACACAGAGCUGUAG